UGAGAACAUUUGCUGUGUUUCUUGAUUUAUAGAUAUGUUUUUGAGACACAUAUCUAUAACUUCCAAACAGUCCCAGCUGGCUGUAGCUAAGGCCUGUGUAAUUGAUAGGAUGCAUCUGGCUUCAAGGCACAGAUUGAGUACAAGGGCAGGCUCUUGCUGUCAUUGGAGAAUGUGGGUGGGAUAGGAGCUAAAUCCUGGGACCACUUGCUCUAUAUAUGAGUGCCAAGACAAUCUAGAGCAGGGAGAGGCAGAUAGGCAGGCAGCCUGCUGAGCUCUUCCUGCUGCUGAAAACUUAUCCAGCCCUUACAGUGGAAAAUUUUAUCAUUUCUUCUGCCCUGAAUGUUUCCCCGAACAUGAAGGCAAUAAGCUUAUUCAUUUUGGUGGGAUUUACAGGAGAGUUCCAAAUUUUUUCAAGUGCCUCCUCUCCAGUGAACUGCCAGUGGGACUCGUAUGCCCCUUGGUCAGAAUGCAAUGGCUGUACCAAGACUCAGACUCGCAGGCGGUCAGUUGCUGUGUAUGGGCAGUAUGGGGGCCAACCUUGUACUGGAAAUGCUUUUGAAACACAGUCCUGUAAACCUACAAGAGGAUGUCCAACAGAGGAGGGAUGUGGAGAGCGUUUCAGGUGUUUUUCAGGUCAGUGCAUCAGCAAAUUGUUGGUUUGCAAUGGGGAUUCUGACUGUGAAGAAGAUAGUGCUGAUGAAGACAGAUGUGAGGACUCAGAAAGGAGACCUUCCUGUGAUAUCGAUAAGCCUCCUCCUAACAUAGAACUUACAGGAAAUGGUUACAAUGCACUCACUGGCCAGUUUAGGAACAGAGUCAUCAACACCAAAAGUUUUGGUGGUCAGUGUAGAAAGGUGUUUAGCGGGGAUGGAAGAGACUUCUACAGGCUGAGUGGAAAUGCCCUCUCCUAUACAUUCCAGGUGAAAGUAAAUAAUGAUUUUAAUUAUGAAUUUUACAAUAGUACCUGGUCUUAUGUAAAAUCUACAUCAAGCGAACAUACAUCAUCUAGUAACAAGCGCUUCCUUUUUAGCUCUUCAUCAUCUAGUUCAUACAGUUAUCAUUCACAUACCAAUGAAAUCCAUAAAGAAAAGAGUUAUCAAUUGUUGGUUGUAGACAACACUGUUGAAGUGGCUCAGUUCAUUAAUAACAAUCCAGAAUUUUUACAACUUGCUGAGCCAUUCUGGAAGGAGCUUUCCCACCUCCCCUCUCUGUAUGACUACAGUGCCUACCGAAGACUAAUCGACCAAUAUGGGACACAUUAUCUGCAAUCUGGGUCCUUAGGAGGAGAAUACAGAGUUCUAUUUUAUGUGGACUCAGAAAAACUCAAACAAAAGGAUUUUGGUUCAGCAGAAGGAAAAAACUGUAAAUCCUCAGGUUGGAAAUUUUUAUUUUCUUCAUCAAGACAUAAAUGCAAGGAAAUGGAAGAUGCUUUUAAAUCUGAUUCAGGAACUGGCGGCAAUGUGAUGCGAGGAGACCCCUUUGUCAGAGGGGGAGCUGCGGGCUUUGUAUCCGGCCUUAGUUACCUAGAGCUAGACAACCCUGCUGGAAACAAAAGACGAUAUUCUUCCUGGGCAGAAUCUGUGACUAAUCUUCCUCAAGUCAUAAAACAAAAGCUGACACCUUUAUAUGAACUGGUAAAGGAAGUACCUUGUGCCUCUGUGAAAAAACUAUACCUGAAACGGGCUCUUGAAGAGUAUCUGGAUGAAUUUGACCCCUGUCAUUGCCAGCCUUGUCAAAAUGGUGGCUUGGCCACCGUUGAGGGGACCCAUUGUGUGUGCCAUUGCAAACCAUACACAUUUGGUGCAGCAUGUGAGAAAGGAGUCCUCGUAGGGAAUCAAGCAGGAGGGGUUGAUGGAGGUUGGAGUUGCUGGUCCUCUUGGAGCCCCUGUGUUCAAGGGAAGAAAACAAGAAGUCGAGAAUGCAAUAACCCUCCUCCCAGUGGGGGUGGGAGAUCCUGCAUUGGAGAAACAACAGAAAGCACGCAAUGUGAAGAUGAGGAGCUGGAGCACUUGAGAAUGCUUGAACCACAUUGCUUUCCUUUGUCUUUGGUUCCAACGGAAUUCUGUCCAUCACCUCCUGCCUUGAAAGAUGGAUUCGUUCAAGAUGAAGGUACAACAUUUCCUGUGGGGAAAAAUGUACUGUACACUUGCAAUGAAGGAUACUCUCUUGUUGGAAACCCAGUGGCCAGAUGUGGAGAAGAUUUACGGUGGCUGGUUGGGGAAAUGCAUUGUCAGAAAAUUGCCUGUGUUCUACCUGUCCUGAUGGAUGGCAUACAGAGUCACCCCCAUAAACCUUUCUACACAGUUGGUGAGAAGGUGACUGUUUCUUGUUCAGGUGGCAUGUCCUUGGAAGGUCCUUCCGCAUUUCUCUGUGGCUCCAGCCUUAAGUGGAGUCCUGAGAUGAAGAAUGUCCGGUGUGUACAAAAAGACACUCCUUUAACACAGGCAGUGCCUAAAUGUCAGCGCUGGGAGAAACUGCAGAAUUCAAGAUGUGUUUGUAAAAUGCCCUACGAAUGUGGAUCUUCCUUGGAUGUAUGCGCUCGAGAUGAGAGAAGCAAAAGGAUACUGCCUCUGACAGUUUGCAAGAUGCAUGUUCUCCACUGUCAGGGUAGAAACUACACUCUUACUGGUAGGGACAGCUGCACUCUGCCUGCCUCAGCUGAGAAAGCUUGUGGUGCCUGCCCACUGUGGGGAAAAUGUGAUGCUGAGAGCAGCAAAUGUGUCUGCCGAGAAGUAUUGGAGUGCGAAGAAGAAGGGUUUAGCAUUUGUGUGGAAGUGAACGGCAAGGAGCAGACGAUGUCUGAGUGUGAGGUGGGCGCUCUGAGGUGCACAGGGCGGAGCAUCUCCAUCAUCAGCAUAAAGCCUUGUGCUGUGGAAACCCAGUAGGCUCCUGAGGCCCCCAGCAGGCAGCUGGGGCUGAGUGAAAACAUCUGCACACCUGGCCACUGGACAGCUUUUCCUUUUUCUCCAGAGUUUACUUUCCUCCUCAAAUCCCAGCCAUCUGCAUGAAGACAACCCUUUGUUCUCCCAAAUCUGAACCGAGUUAAUCUUUUGUCUCCUUUUUAGUGUCAGUCAGGAUGAAGACUAUUCAUGAGCCUUUGCACAGGCUGGCUGCGUGUUCUUGAAAAACAUGUUACCUUCUCCGGGCCUUGGUUUUUUAAAAUCUGUAAAAUUAGAGGAUUGUGCUAGAGAAACUUGAAGGUUCCAUUUAGGCCACUCAUUUUAUUAAGUAUGAUUGACACGCCCAGGGUCAGAACACACUCUGCAUAAUGAUUAGGAAAACAGAAAGAACGUAAUCUCCUGGUUAAAGAGGUUGGUUUUCCUCAAUGAAACCAAAUACAAAGAGGACGUUGAACAAAAAAGGCAAGAUAUAAAUUAUUUCUGUCCUGAGUAGUAAUCUCACACUUCACCCUAUUGAGUCAAUUACCACAGAAAGGAAUCCCUUCUUUUUUCUUGACAGAGUUUCACUCUGUUGCUCAGGCUGGAGUGCAGUGGUGCGAUCUCAUCUCACUGCAACCUUCACCUCGCAGGUUCAAGUGAUUCUUAUGCCUCAGCCUCCUGAGUAGCUGGGAUUAUAGGCACCCGCCACCACACCUGGCUAAUUUUUGCAUUUUUAGUAGAGAUGGGGUUUCACUAUGUUGGUCAAUCUGGUCUCCAACUCCUGACCUCGGGUGAUCUGCCUGCCUUGACCUCCCAAAGUGCUUUGAUUACAGGAGUGAACUACCACACCUGACUGGAAUAUUUAUUCAUGUCAGGAGAUUGAACCACUAAAAUGUCAGAGCAGAAUUCGUUAUGCUGUGGUCACAGGGGCGUCUUGUCUGAGAACAUACAAUUCAGUGUUCUCUUUAGGGGUUUUCUCUAGUAUGUGUCAAACACAGGACCGGAAGUUCGCCCCUCUUCUUUUUUCUUUUGAAAGACCAUCAGUUCCUGCCUGAGGUGUGUGUGAUUGUGCAUUUGAGAAGAGUUUUCCCUAAUGUGGAUUACUUACACUUCAGUAUAAGUAAUAUACUUCAGUAUAAGUAAUACUUCAGUCCUAAAGUUUUCAGGGAGUACAGGGGUAGAUUAGUUUGAAGCAUUGAUCUUCUAUUUAUUUCUUAUUUCUCUUUCAUCAAAACAAAAAAUAAAGCAGGUGUGGGAGGAAAAAUGAGAGGGCUUAAAUGAAAUUUAAAAUAUGCUUUAUUAUACAAACACUCUCUCUGUAUUGUUCUGACCCUGUAAAUAUUUCUGUAUCUCAGAUGACAAGGAUUAGAAAACUCAUUAAAGAUACUAUUCCUCAAAAUUGUUUCAUCUGUAUUGUUUCAUUUUAGAGAAGGUUUUCAUGAUGAAUGGUUAACGUGUUCUUGCCUGAAGUCUAAUCCAGAUCUAGCUUCUUAUAUCAAAGUGUGCCUUAAGGGAAGAUGCAGAUAUAAUAUGUUGAAGCUACAAGGAGGCAGGGUUCAAUUGGUUAAAAACAAUGACAUUCAGAUAUUGCAACUGCAUUUGUUAGAGGUUAUAACAGUUCAUUUCUACCCUGUAUGGGAGGACACAUUUGAAAAUGCAGGCCCUGAGACAAAAGGCUGAACAAGUAAUUUAUUUGGAGGAAAUAGCUCAGUAUCCUUCCAAAAUUUCUCCUCUUAGCUUAAGCUAGUAUGGAGUGAGAUUCCUACUGCUCGUGUGUCAUUAUGCCCCCUCCCCCUCUAAUGCAGAGGAUAUGGUCAGCAUUAUCAAAUAUCAUCAGAGAUUGAGGUCUGAAAAAAGAAAUGAGUGAAUGUAACUAAGAGAUUGAGAAGAGAAUUCAGCAGAGUUACUGAAGGAGAAGUCAAGGAUUAAUGAAUUGUUGGAGGAGAGGAGCAGUGAAUGUGGCUGGGAAGAGGUGUUGUCUUGAAAUACUGUGUUUUUUGCCUCCUUUUGUUUUCUGAACAUUUCUUGUGCUGACCUUUCCUCUAGUCCAACAGAGACAUUCACAACUGCCUGUGGAGCAUUAGGAUUGUCACAGCAGGUCAGCAAGGAGAAAGUCAUUUUUAAGAUUAAGUUUUAAAAAAUGUUUUGAAACUUCCAAAAUAAGUUCUUGAAUACCUAUAGAGAGGCUUUGAGGAAAGCUAAGGGAACAAUUUUAUACCACAAAAA